UACUGGGCGCAGACGGCGAACGAGGUGGCCUUCUCGCUGGGCUACGCUCUGGAGCUGGAGGACAAGCUGAGGGCGCGCGAGCGCAAGGCGGACGCGCUCCAGGGGGAGCUGCACAGGAAGCUGAAGGCGCGGGAGAGCGAGGCGGAGGCGCUGCGGGCGGAGCUGCGCAGGGCCAAGGCCGAGCUCGACGAGACGACCAAGGCGGCGGUGGCGCGGGAGGAGCUGUGCAGGAAAACGAAGGCGCGGGAGCGCGACACCGCCGAGGCGGACGCGCUGCGGGCGGAGCUGCGCAAGGCGAAGGCCGUGCUCGCCGAGGCCAAGGCGGACGCGGGGAUCGCGGUGGCGGCGGCGCGCGGGCUCAGGGAGGAGCUGGACAGGAAGCAGAAGGCGCGGGAGCGGGACGCCAGCGAGUCGGACGCGCUGCGGGCGGAGCUGCAACAGGCGAAGGCCGAGCUCGCCGCGACCAAGGCGGAGGCCGAGAGGGCGGCGGCGGCGCGGUGGUUCUGGGCGUCGAGCAGGGAGCACGCGCGCGCGCUGGCGGAGCGGGAGCUGCGGGGGUACGAGCGCGGCCUGGAGGACAUGAGGCGCGCCGCGCUCCGUCGCUACCCGUACCUGGACCCGUCGCUGCUCUUCGUGCCGGUCCGCGGCCCCCCGUAGCGCAGCCGGCGACCGCCUGAUCGCCAUGCCUGCCCGAUGCACACGUCGAUCCAUCUGCAAUUAUCUGCAUGUUUCUGGGAUGCGCUGCUGAUCUUUCACCUCGGACUGUCUGGGACUGCAUUUCCCACCUUCGUUUCAGAAUUCAAAUGGAACUACUUUGCGUGA